AUGUCGAAAAUUAACGAUAGAGACAGAGCGCCCAAUCAUCAGACAUAUAAAUUAGUGAUAGUAGGAGGUGGUGGUGUAGGAAAAUCUGCUAUAACUUUACAGUUUAUUCAGAGUUAUUUUGUUACUGAUUACGAUCCUACUAUUGAGGAUUCUUAUACUAAACAAUGUGUAAUAGACGACAUACCUGCAAAAUUAGACAUUUUGGAUACUGCAGGUCAAGAAGAAUUCAGUGCAAUGCGAGAACAGUAUAUGAGAUCUGGUGAAGGAUUUUUAUUAGUUUUUUCAGUAACGGAAAGAUCUAGUUUUGAUGAAAUUUUUAAAUUCCAUAGACAAAUUCUUAGAGUGAAAGACAGGGAUGAAUUUCCUAUGCUUAUGGUUGGAAACAAGGUUGACCUUGAACACCAAAGGGAUGUUUGGCAAGAGGAAGCCCAGCAACUUGCUAGACAGCUGAAAAUACCUUACAUUGAAUGUAGUGCAAAAAUGAGAAUGAAUGUUGAUAAUGCAUUUUUCGAACUAGUUCGUGUCGUACGAAAAUUUCAACUCUCCGAACGACCACCUUUAAAACCAAAUUAUAUCAAAAGAAAUAAAAAGAAAUGUUGUGUUCUUUAA